GCAGAGAAAACAAGAGCUAAUCUGGGAAUAACCGAAACCGUUUAUAAGAGAGGCGAAGAGGACAGAUAGCCCAGGAAGACGUUGGUAAAUAGGACUGGUGGGAAGACUCAGCAAGUAGAGUUUUUCAAACAUGGAUUACAAUCCAGAAAUUAUCAGGGACAAUAAUCCAAUGGACAGUCUGGAGAAGCAGCUCAUCUGUCCCAUCUGUCUAGAAAUGUUCAACAAACCUGUUGUGAUUCUUCCAUGCCAACACAAUCUGUGCCGGAAAUGUGCCAAUGAUGUGUUUCAGGCUGGCAAUCCAUAUUGGCCCACACGAACUUCAGUGUCUGGGGGUCGAUUUCGCUGCCCAACCUGUAGGCAUGAAGUAAUUCUUGAUCGCCAUGGUGUUUACGGCCUGCAGAGAAACCUACUUGUGGAAAACAUAAUAGAAAUUUACAAACAAGACUGUACCAGCCGACCUGAAAAAAAGCAAAACCACCCAAUGUGUGAAAAACAUGAAGAUGAGAAGAUAAAUAUUUACUGUCUAAGCUGUCAAGUACCUACCUGUUCUAUGUGUAAAGUGUUUGGCGCUCACAAAGACUGCGAAGUGUCUCCUCUGCAGAGUGUUUACCAGUCCCAAAAGACAGAACUCAAUAGCUGUAUAUCUAUGCUGGUGGCUGGUAGUGACAGAAUACAGUGUAUCCUUAGUCAGCUGGAGGAAUCGUGCCAAGCCAUAAAGGAAAAUAGUCAGGGUAGGAAGGAGUGUGUGGAUGAAAUGUUUGAAACGUUGCGUAGGAUCUUGGAGGAAAAGAAAGCAGAUCUCGUGCAGAGGAUUUCAGAGGCUGAAGAGGAGAAACUAAAUUUUGCUCGUUCCCUCAUUCACAAAUACCAGGAGCAAUCGCAGUCUUCCUCCAGCCUGCUGCAGAGUGCUUUCCAGGCCUUGGAGCAGCCUGGACCUGCUGGCUUCUUGCUGAAGUCCAAGCAGCUGAUGAAAACGAUUAUGGAUGCCUCAAAAGGUUGCCAGCUGGAGAAAACAGAGCCUGGAUUUGAGAAUAUGGAUGAGUUCAUGCUGGACAUGGAGCAAGUCAUUCAGUUACUGAGAAACAUUGAUUUCAGUCCAAGCUGUGAUGAUGAAGAAGAGGACACAGAGGAGUAUGAAGAGACAGAGGAAGACAGGCCUGAGGGGCAGCAAGAACUGGGGGACUAGCAGACCGUGUGAAAACCUUUUGGAAGAAGGGAGUAAAGAUUGUGCCAAAAUCUCCCUGGAAGGAGAGCAACAUGAAUAUCACAUGAUUCUGUAUGAAGAACAGCCCACAGGCAUAUAACUCAGGACUGCUGCUAUUAAUCAGGAGACCCCUUUUUCUAGGUCACCAUGAUCUUGGUGUAUAUAUUUAUUAAAUAUAUUUUAUAACUUGAAUAGGUGCUGUGACUCUAUUGAAGUCAGUUCACAUGUUCUGGGGAAUACUGCCUCCAGGUGGAGGGGAUCCAUAACGGGCCCACGGAUGGCACCUAUCUGUGUGUGAUGUAUGCCUGAUUACUUUUUACUGCACUUGAAUAAAACGCUUUAGUGUUGC